CCUGGAGCGUGAACCUGCAGCCAACUCAGAUCUCGCAGAACGCGGCUGACUAACAGGAGGAGUGGAAGAGGGAGCCUGGAUAGGAACCAGCCUGGACAACAACCACUGCUGUAGGCCCUCCUGAACCCACCAAAUUUUCUACUUCCUGUCCCAUCCGAGGUUCUGAUUGGUUGACUGCUACACAGCAUGGUGGCCCAGCACCCCCAGGACUCCAGGCGCAGGGGCCUGUUCAACAGCAUCAAGUUCUUUGUGCUGUGUCAUGGUUUGCUCCAGCUAGCCCAGCUCCUGGUGUCUGGCUAUCUGAAGAGCUCCAUCUCCACCAUUGAGAGACGCUAUGGCUUCUCCAGCCAGAAGUCUGGCGUCCUGGCCGCCUUCAACGAGGUGGGGAACACAGUGUUGAUCGUGUUCGUGAGUUUCUUCGGCAGCAGGGUACAUCGGCCUCGCUUCAUCGGGGGCGGGGCUCUGGUGGCCAGCAUGGCCGCACUGAUCAUGGCCAUGCCUCACUUCCUCAGCGGACACUACGAGUACACAGAUGGCGUUAGCACUAAUAAGGACAACAGCUCAGGACUCUGCCAACUGAGCCACGUGCUCUCCACGUCAGAGUCCAACCAGACCUGCCUGCAGCAGGAGAGUGCUGGUCAGCGGGGCGUGUUCCCCAUCCUGUUGCUAGGACAACUGCUCCUCGGGAUAGGGACCGUGCCUAUACAACCCUUCGGGAUCUCCUACAUCGACGAUUACGCCAGCAAGAGGAACUCCCCUCUAUAUCUGGGCAUUCUAUUAGCGGCGACAUCGAUCGGUCCAGCCUUCGGGUUUAUGAUGGGGUCGUUUGUGUUGCGGUUUUAUGUUGACUUUGACAAGCUGCCAAAUGGUGAGUAGAAAGCUCAGCUUCCCACACACAGAGCAUCUGGAAACACUCAUCUGGAUCUGAUGUGAGGGAGGGAGAGAGGAGGAAAGAGAGAAGGAGAGAGGGGGGAGAGAGAUAGACGGAGAGAG